AUGAUGAAAUAUUUCCAAAAGGAAGGACUAUCAUGUUUAUCGCUGACAGAGAAAAGAUCAUUUCUAGUAGAAAAAGAUAUUAAAACUAGGAAAAUAUGCAUUACGAAGGAAAACUUUAAACAUAUUUUCAUACUAGAAAAUGUUGAUAUUAUUGCCGGCUUGUGCUUUAUGAACAUAUUUCUUUUUAUAUGUUCAGGUUUAAAAGAAGAUGAAAAUCAUGGAAAUAUUACUACAAAUAUUCAUGGAACUUUAUUUAUUAUAAGUUUAAUUUGUUAUUCUAUUGAAAAAAUUAUACCAUUUUCAUUUUGUUCAGAUUUUUUAUUUAUCUUUCUUCUUUCCUUAUCAUGUACGUUACCAUUUUUAUCAUUUGAAUUAAAAAAUAAUUAUAAUGAUUGCUUUAAUACUAUUGUUUUUUUCCCUUUAUAUAUCUUAUUGUUUUUUACUAGAUACCAUAUAAGAUUAUUAUUCGUUUUAUUAAUAUUUUAUAUACUUAUCAUAUUUAUUAUAGACUUAUCCAUUAAUACAAGUAUAAUUUAUUCAUAUAUUCUCAUCUUCCUUUUUUUUACACUAUGUUUCAAUUUUAUUUUCUAUCGUUAUUUAUAUUAUUUCUCUAGAACCAUAUAUAUAUCCAAAUCCUCUCCUAAUAAUAUGUUAUUAAUAUUCCCUUAUAUUAAUGAAAUACAAGAUUUAAGCUUCAUAAAAAUUGCUGAUAUUCUCGUAGACUUAAAUAAUUAUAUACAUAUGAAAUGGAUGUACUUUUCACAAUAUCUAUCAACUAUCAAUUUAAACAAUCCACAACAUAUAAAAAAUUUAAAAAUUACUUCCACCAGAUUCUCAAACAAAUUUUAUACACUCAAAAAUCAAGAUAUCUUCAAAAAUUAUCCACCAUAUUUCUGUCUAAAAGUUCUGUAUCAUAAAAAAUUAUAUUUCCUCUCUUCUGCCAUUGAUAAAAAAAAAAAAAAAUGGACCAAAAUACACUUCAACAGAAAAAAAAUCAACUUUUACUUCUUGCUAGAAAUGAUUAAUAUACAUAAUCAAUAUGAUAUAAAAAAUAUAAAUCAUAUUGCAGCUAGCCAAAAUAAAAUAAUUAUAAAUAAAAAUUUUAACAUGACUCACCAAAAUAAUGGUACAAUAAAUAAAAAUAUUAACAUGACUCACCAAAAUAAUGGUACAAUAAAUAAAAAUAUUAACAUGACUCACCAAAAUAAUGGUACAAUAAAUAAAAAUAUUAACAUGACUCACCAAAAUAAUGGUACAAUAAAUAAAAAUAUUAACAUGACUCACCAAAAUAAUGGUACAAUAAACGAAAAUUUUAACAUGACUCACCAAAAUAAUGAUACAAUAAAUAAAAAUAUUAACAUGACUCACCAAAAUUAUGGUACAAUAAAUGAAAAUUUUAACGUGACUCACCAAUAUAAUGAUACAAUAAAUAAAAAUACUAACAUGACUCACCAAAAUAAAUGUUCAAUAAAUAAAAAUAUGUAUGUAUCUAGCCAAAAUAAUAAUAUAAAAGAGGAAGAAAAAAUUAACAGAAAGAAUGAUAAACGUACCAACCGCAUAAGCAGAAAUCAUCAAAAAAACGGGAACCUAUUGUUAGACAAAAAUAAUAAUAAGAAGAAGAAGAACACGAAAAAAGAGAAGAAGAUGAUUACACAAUCUGAAUAUGACACAUUUCAUCAAAUCAAUUCUACAAAAAUAAAGAACGAAUAUAAACAAAAUAGUAUACAUGAUGAACUGAAUCGAAACUCAAACAAAAUAUAUAUUGUAAAGGAUUUCUUCUCUUCAUACAAUUGUAAUCAAUCUAUAAAGGGGAAAACUACUACUAAUAGUAUAAAAAAAAAAAAAAAAAAGAAGAAAAAAAUAAAGGAUAACCUUUUCAAAACUAAUCCUAUAUCCAAAGACAAAUAUGAAACAAAUUUUGAAUCCAAUUAUGUGAACAAUCUCACAAGUUAUAAUAAAAACAAUAUGGAAGAAAAGAAAUUAAAAAUAGAUCAACUUUAUGAAAAUAAUUUAACAGAACAAAUUACCUUAAAUGUUGAUAAAUAUAAUAAAAAGAAGAAAAUCCAUAAAGUCAUCAACACACAGAAAAAAAAUAUAUCAGACAAAAUAUAUACAUUCAAAAAUGUAAAUGGCCAUGAAAAAGAUGAUAAUAUUUCUGUUAAUAAAAAAAAUAAAACGUAUAUUACUUUAUCAAAACAUGGAUUAUCAUACAAUGUAAAAGAAAAUAAUGUGAAAGAAGAAUUUCAAAUAGAUAAUAAUCAAUAUAAUAAAAAGACAAAUAAUAUAAAAGAAAAAUAUUGUGAUAUAAAUAAUUAUUAUUACAAUUAUACAUUUAAAAAGAAUUAUAAUGAUACCACUAAUAUACAAGAAUUACAACAAAAAUGUAAUACAAAGGAUAUUUUUCCGAAUAUUACAAAAUGUAAAAAUAAGAAAAAAAAUGAAGAUCAUAUUAUAUAUUCCGAUGAUUAUAUAUACAAUAAUUUAUAUAAUAUACAAAAUAUGAUGUCUAAUAAAAACGUUCUAACAAAUCGAAAAAGAACAAGAACUAUCACCAGUUCUGAUCUGUAUACAUCCGAAUCAUCGUAUACACAAUCUGAUGAAAUAUAUGGAAAAAAUAUUUUUUUCAUAAACUUUUCUUGUCUAUUUUAUAUAUUCAUGCUUAAAAUAAAACAUAUUAUAAAAUACAUUGAAGAAAUAAAUUCAGUUGUCCAAUGUGUUAAUUUUAAACAAGGGAUAGUACCAAAAAGAAGUAUACUAUUAUCUUUUCUUGAUCAAAAAACUGAACGAUAUUAUAUUAUGUGGUCCAAUUCAUAUGAUUUAGUAUAUUAUGUGGAUAACUAUAUAUAUCAUAUAAUUUUAAUUCUUACCUUUCAUCUUUUUUGUCUCUUUUUACGAAUAGCACCAAUACACAUCACUCAAACAUAUUUUCUAUUUAAAAUGAAAUCCUUUUUAAUAAUCUUUAUGCUCAGAUUUUUCCUUUCUCUAGUAAUUAUCUUGAUUUUUAUAUAUCCUGUAUUCAGGACUAUCUCGAUUAACCCUCGAAAUGUUUUCAUAAUAAAAAUGAACUUUUUCAUCAUUUCCAUUUUUAUAUUAUUUUUGAGCAUAUUUGAUUAUAUCUGGACAAUAUUUAUUAUUCAUAAAAAUUGGUGGAUCAUACAAAAAGAGUCAUUACAUCGUCUGGAAGAUGUUUAUAAAAAUAUCCUUUUUUCUUAUGCCCAAUUUUUUGUUGUUUUUCCGAUAUAUUAUUUUCUUACCCUACACAGAUUAAAAAAUGUGUGCUAUAUAUAUAUCAUUUUUAUUUUUUCUAUAUAUAUAAUAUAUUGGCAUUAUAUUGGGACCUUCCUACUAGGUCUAAAAAUGAAUAUAUCUUUAAUUGUUUUACUAAUAAUAUCUAUAUUAUUUAUUAUCAGACCAUUCGAAAUAGUAAAACGAGAUAUAUUUUUAAAAUGUGUGUUACCCUAUAUAUUAUUUCUUGAUGAUAUAUUGCACUUCCUUUCUGAUGAGAAAAAACUCAAAUAUCUGACAACAAAUAUUUAG